AUGUCACGGAAUCACAGGACAACGCUGAAAAACGAGGAGAGUGUGGUUGAGGUGAAGAGCAAAUUUGAGGGCGAGUACCGAAGGUUUGCGCUGAAGAAGAAUACCGGGGGCUUCCAGGAAUUCUACCAGCUGCUGCAGACGAUUCACCGGAUCCCUGGAGUGGACGUGCUGCUAGGAUAUGCAGACAUCCACGGAGAUCUACUUCCAAUCAACAAUGAUUACAACUUCCACAAAGCCCUGUCCUCAGCCAACCCGCUGCUUCGAAUUAUUGUUCAGAAGAGAGAUGUAGACGACACUGUGCCGUUCCCGACCGGCUCUCUUCAGAGAAGAAAAAAGGGCCUAGGUGGUCUGCGUCAAGCACAGCCGAAGAGCAGACCACCACUCAUCGGCCUUCCUCAAGAUUUCCGACAAAUCUCCUCUAUCAUAGAUGUGGACAUCCUACCCGAGACGCAUCUGCGUGUCCGUCUGCACAAGCACGGCACCCACAAACCGCUUGGAUUCUACAUUCGUGACGGCGUCAGCGUUCGUGUCACUUCUCACGGUGUAGAGAAAUUCCCCGGCAUCUUUAUCUCUCGCCUAGUGAAAGGCGGUUUAGCCGACACCACUGGGUUGCUAGGAGUAAACGACGAGAUUCUUGAAGUGAAUGGCAUUGAUGUGUCAGGAAAAUCACUGGACCAGGUCACUGAUAUGAUGGUGGCCAACAGCCACAACCUCAUUGUUACGGUAAAACCUGCAAUUUACCGCAGCUUAGACGACACAUACCGUACAUUUAAAACAUCAGCUGGAAACAGUUCUGCUGGCUCAAGAGGCUCCGCCCUCUCACAUGACUCCGCCCACAGCCCCGCCUCUCAGAACACCAGUCAAUACAGCAACAGUAACAGUGUGGCAGAAGGUGACAGUGAUGAUGAUACUGACCUGAUCAUCGAGAACGACAACCUGUCCACGUACGCACCAAACCGGCUGACUAAUGGCAACGGCAGCCAUGGAAAUGCCCAGUCGUCAAGCGCAUUUGCACACAGGCCCCUCCCACAAAGUGUUUCCUUGCCCAGUAGCAGCUCUUUGAGCUCCCUGACCACACCCACACACAACGGCAGCCCGACCAAGACAAGCAGUAGCCAAGAAAGCAUGAGGGAAGACGGCAAUUUUAUCACGUUGUAG